AUGCAAACAAUCGAAAAGGCUUUGCAUCAACCGAUGCCGUUCACUACAGGUGGACAAACAAUUACUGAUCGACUUACUGCAGCAAAGCAUUCUUUGGCUGGCAGUCAACUGGGCAAGACAAUUUGUAAGGCUACUACGGAAGAGGUUAUGGCGCCGAAGAAGAAGCACUUAGAUUAUUUGCUGCAUUGCACGCAAGAACCAAACGUAUCCAUUCCAUCAAUGGCAAAUUUGUUGAUUGAAAGAACUCAAAAUCCGAACUGGACAGUCGUUUACAAGGCGCUUAUCACUAUUCACAAUAUAAUGUGUUAUGGAAAUGAAGUAAUUUCUUAA